CGGCCCGGUACCGGACCGAUAUAUAACGUCACAACAAUCACAAGCCAGAUAUCACGCCGACCCCGUACGAUCCUCGAUCUCGAGCCUGUCCUCUCAAUUGUCUCACUCCGCUUUCUCUGUCAACCAUGUCCACCCUACGUGUCAUCUCCCGCUCCCCCGUCGCCCGCCGUGCUUUGUCGGUCUCGGCGGCCUCGCGGAAGAGCAACACGCCCGGCGUCCCACCCCAGAAGAUCCUGGACGAGUAUGACGAGCACCGCGUUGAGAGGACGCCCGAGGCCGCGUCCAUGGGAGACCACACGUUCAAGCAGCCCAAGUCCCUACCGCCCGGCGACGUGGGGCACGACGUCCUCCGCGACGUCGGCCGUCACUCGAAGCGCACCCUCUCGUCAUUUAGCGUCGAGGGCAAAGUCUGUGUUGUAACUGGUGCCGCGCGCGGCUUGGGCAACAUGAUGGCUCGCACUCUGGUAGAGUCGGGCGCAACUCAGCUCGCUAUCCUGGAUCUCAACGCGCAAGAUGCGCAGAAGGCAGCGGACGAGCUCAUCGCCUGGUUUGUGGCGGAAGGCGAGGCGGAGGAUGGCGAGGUUGACGCUGUCGGUCUCGGCUGUGACGUCUCUGACGAGGCGAGCGUGCAAAGGGCGUUCCAGCAGCUGAAGGAGCGUUUCGGACGCGUAGACAUCCUCGUUACGGCUGCAGACAUCGUUGAGAACUUUCCCGCAGGCGAGUACCCCACCGAGCGUGUGAAGAAGCUGCUCGAUAUCAACGUCAUGGGGACAUGGUUCUGCGCACGAGAAGCCGCCAAGCUCAUGCCUGACGGCGGCAGCCAGGUGCUCAUUGGCAGCAUGAGCGGGAGUAUCGUCAACGUACCGCAGCCGCAGACGCCGUACAACUUUUCGAAGGCCGCCGUUCGCCAGAUGGCGCGCUCGCUAGCCGUCGAGUGGGCGCAGCAGCGCAUUCGAGUCAACUGCAUCUCCCCCGGGUACAUGCUUACGGCGCUCACCAAGGCAAUCCUCGAUAAAGACCCCGUAUUGCGCGACACGUGGGUGAGCAAGAUCCCGCAGGGUCGGAUGGGCGACCCGUCUGAUCUCAAGGGCGCGGUAGUCUACCUUGCCAGCGACGCCUCAAAGUAUACGACGGGGUCGGAGCUUGUCGUCGAUGGCGGCUACACCUGUUUGUAGACACCUAUUCGCGGAUCACGCUGUGCGCCCUCGUACAUACGUACAUACGUGCCCAUCGCGCUGCGCAGCCGGCAGGCCGGCAGUGCCGUUGUAUCUACGCAUGGCAUGGAGAUGGACAUUUGCCUUGUG